CCUGUGGCCGCCGGCGGGCCCCGGGCUGAAAGGACAGCGGUGUCCCCCGGCCCCGCCGACCUCGGGCUGGGCCGCCCACCCGCUCCGCCCUCGGGGCCGCCCCGGCGCCGGCGAUGGUCCCGCGCCGCCGGCCCUGAACCGGCGCUGGUUCGGGGCUCUGCCUCCUCCCGCCCUCGCCCCAGGGAGCCGGCGCCAACUUCUCUAGAACUCCGCUCUGCCCCUUCUUUUGGCCCAGGGCGACCUCGACAACCCUGACGGCGGCAGACCCUCCUGAGUGACCAGAAGGGUCCCCUGGCGGCCGGCCGCCUCCCCGGGUCCUUCUGGAUGGAGGCGCCUCGGGAAGGAGCUGGCUGAACGCUUUGGCCUUCACCUUGCAGCCCCUGCUGACCACACCUCCCGUAGCGCAGAGGCUGCGCGAGGAGCAGGAAAUGCUGUACCAGCCGGCUCCGGGGGAUCUCAGUCUGACAGCCAGGAUGGAGGUGGGGCCGGCAACCAAGACCUUCAGGCCGGAGCUUCGGUGUCUUAAAGAUGGGGGCCCAGGGCCUGACACCCUCUCAGGUGGCAGCGGUGGGAGUGAGAGUCAGGAGGAAGAGGAGGCGCAGGAGAGGAGCAGCAGCCCACCGCGGCCAGCGGUCUCAGCCCCGAAGGGGGCCUGUGAAAUGGCUAAGGAAGCCCAGCCAGAACAGCAGGACUUGCAACCCCAGCAAUCAGAACAGCAGCCAGAGCUGCAGCAACAGCCACAGCAGGAGCGGCUGCAACAGUCACAACCAGGAAACCAAGUGUUGGGACAUCAGCCAGCAUCACAGCAGCAGCAGCAACAGCGAGAUGGGCAAGAGCAGCCGCCUCCAUCACAGCAGGAGCUGCAGGGAAAACCCCAGUCUGUGCAACAGGAGCCACUGAAACCACAGCUGCAGCCAAGGCAACAGAGGGAGCGGUUACAAGAGCAGAACAAGCAAGAGCAACAGCUGUCACAGCAGCCGGAGGAACAGUUAGAGCCACAGAAGGAUGGGCAACAGCAGCUGCCUCAACAGCAGCAAGAAAGACAGGGAAAGGCCCAAUCUGUGCAAUAUGAGCAGCAGAAACCACUGCCUCAGCAGAUGCAAAAGCAGGAACAAUCACAGGAGCAGCCAGUGCAAGAGCCCCAGCUGUCCCAGCAACAGCUGGAACAGUCACAAUCACAGCAGCUGCCACAGCAACCGCAGCAGAUGCCACAGGAGAAACAGCAGUUACAGCAGGAACAGCCGCAGCCGCAGCCGCAGUUACAACCACACGAACAGUUACAGCUGCAGCAGCAACAGUUACAGCUGCAGCAGCAGCUGCAGCAGCAUCAGUUACAGCUGCAGCAACAGGAACAAUUGCAGCAGCUGCAGCAGCAACAGUUACAGCAGCAGCGGCUGCUGCAGCAGCAGCAGCAAGAACAAUUACAGCAACAGCUAUUGCUGCAGCAGCAAGAACAAUUACAGCUAUUGCAGCAGCAGCAAGAACAGUUACAGCAGCAGCUGUUGCAGCAGCAACAGCUACAGCAGCGGCAGCUGUUGCAACAGCAGCAAGAACAGCUGCAGCAGCAGCUGCAGCCACGGCCACUGGAGCCAGAGGAGGAGGAGGAGGUGGAGCUGGAGCUCAUGCCAGUGGACCUGAGUUCUGAGCAGGAACUGGAGCAGCAGCGGCAGGAGCUGCAGCGGCAGCAGGAGCUGGAGAGACAACAAGAGCAGCGGCAGCUGCAGCUCAAACUGCAGGAGCAGCUGCAGCAGCUGGAAAAGCAGCUGGAGCAGCAGCAGCGGCAGCUGGAGGAGCAGCAGGAGGUGCAGCUGGAGCUGACCCCGGUGCAGCUGGGAGCCCCGCCGCCAGAGGUGCAGCUGGAGCUGACCCCAAUGCAGCCGGAGCUGCAGCUGGAGCUGGUGCCCGCCGCGGGGGGCGGCGGGGCCGCCGUCCCGGGGGCGCCCGCCGCGGUCGUGGUGGCCCCCCCGGGGUACGUGGUGCUGCAGGAGCUCAUGGUGCUGCCGGCCGUGUCGGCGCCCUCGGUGGUGGCCAUCCCGGGCCCGGCGGGCAGCGCGGCCCUGAUGCCGGCCCGGCAGCGGAGGCGGCGGCGCGCCCGGGACCGGCCGACCAUCUGCGGCGAGUGCGGCAAGGGCUUCAGCCGCAGCACGGACCUGGUGCGGCACCAGGCCACGCACACGGGCGAGCGGCCCCACCGCUGCGGCGAGUGCGGCAAGAGCUUCUCGCAGCACUCGAACCUGGUGACGCACCAGCGCAUCCACACGGGCGAGAAGCCCUACGCGUGCCCCUACUGCGCCAAGCGCUUCAGCGAGAGCUCGGCGCUCGUGCAGCACCAGCGCACGCACACGGGCGAGCGGCCCUACGCCUGCGGCGACUGCGGCAAGCGCUUCAGCGUCUCGUCCAACCUGCUGCGCCACCGCCGCACGCACUCGGGCGAGCGGCCCUACGUGUGCGAGGACUGCGGCGAGCGCUUCCGCCACAAGGUGCAGAUCCGCCGCCACGAGCGCCAGCUGCACGGCGCCGGCCGCUCCCGGGGCCUGGGCCUGCUCCGCGGCGCGCGCGCGGCCGCCGGCGGGGCCCCGCGCUCCGAGCCGGCGGCGGACAAGGCACCGUGAACCGGGGGCGGGGGCGGAAGACCGGGGCUGCGGUCGGGGAGGGCGCCGCCUCCCGCCACCGGGCACGCGCCGCGCCCGCUGGGACGUCUUGAGCCCAGCCCGGCGUCCCGGGCCACCCCGGCCAGGCGCUGGGAAAGGGCUUCCAUGCGUCUUUCGGGUCCGCUGAGUGGUCGGCCGGAUUCAUCCUCAGAGACGCUCCCCAGGGGAAAGUCGACGAGGCUAAAACAGCACAGAUGUUGCACAUCAGUACAAACAGCACAGCGCUCACAUUCGUGAUCAGGUACCUACAGGUGAGAAGUCGACCGAAGGCUCCCCCCGGGAAAAACUGGACUUACUGGAAAUGAGAGCCACAGGCGAGACCUUCCCACGACAAGACGAGACACUUGGUGGCAUCCGAUGCAGAUGGAACAGUAACCAGGGACGCCACUAUCCGUGGUGAAACGCACAUGAAAAGGAUUUGGCCCUGGUGCAAAUGAUUUCAAGGGAAAAAAAAUAGGAGAAUAAAGGAAAUUUCUCUGCACUACGUAGAAAACGGAUCAAGGCAUUAAAUUGUCCUCCGUGGCGUUUGCCUUGAAAAUACUUUCUAGAAUGAAAAUUCAGGGUUGAUAUAAUCCUGAUUAAAAUGUUUGUGUUCGUAAACACAGGGUCAGAGUGUCCGCUGGGUCAGUGUGCAAAUGCCAAGAAGUCCACUCUGGGUGAUGGUGACACCUUCCCUCCGGGGCCACCCAGACAAGCCUCCAAGGCCGGCUCUAGGCUUCUUUGCCGCAGCGUUCCCAAGCCCACAGCAGCUCCCGGAGGUCGUUUUGAAGAAGACAGGGUGGCUGGGGAGAGGGCCUUCUGGGAGUGCUGUCCGAGGUCCUAAAAUGUGGUCCCUCCAUCCCCCAAAGAGCUGCAGGGAGCCCCACCCUGGCCUCCUCUCUCAGACGCCUGUCCAGGGGCCGAGCCAGGGUUCUCCUGGGCCAGGCUUUGCAGAGGGCUGGCCUGAGCAGCUGGGGGUCAGAGGGAGAAUGUGGGGGACAAGGAUUGGUGGCAACAGAAAUGCUAUUUAUGACAGUUUUGAAAAGGCCUGGGGGUCUGGAAGAGCAGCCGCCAUUGCUGAUGCCUUGUGGGAAGACAGGAUGGGGGGGGGCACCUGUCACCUGGGGCCCCAAGUGCUUCCUGCUCCUGAUGCCCCAUGUGUGGCUCUUUAGAUGCUGCCCCCUCCCCUCCCUGCUUCUCCUUUACUAACACAGCCUGCCGCUUUUUACAAAUGUGUUGGUAAGUGAGAAACCACCAAUGAAAAAUCAAUAAAAAUGAGGAAAUACAUUGUCCUGUC